AUGAGCCGUGAUCGGUCGACAUGGGUCAUGCUGUCACUGCUGUCGCUGGCCGGCGCGCUUCUGUUCGCGCGAGGCUUCUUCCCCGUCAAGCCCCUACUGGACGGCUAUAGUACCCCGUAUGGACAUACGAAUGAAUCUCAUCCAUCUAUUAUUUCACAUGCUGCUCGCCCGGGAGAUGGAUCUGACGCAUACGUGCCGUUCGACCGCCUCGCGUUCAUCCUCGUCGACGCCUUACGAAGGUCAGUCGGCGGGCGGGUGUAUCAGAUGCGAGCCACGCCAAACAUGGCUUACUCGGAUAUUACUUUUGAUGCAGUGAUUUUGCUUUCGGCCCGACGUCACAAAUGAGCUUUGUGCAUUCGUACGUGGCCCUAAUCUCCAACCCCCACUUUGGUGGCCUCCAGAUUCCGCUGACGACAUGAUCUUACUAGAUUAAUCGAUGAUAAUCGGGCACUACCUUUCACCGCUUUGGCCCAAGCUCCGACAGUCACGUUGCCCCGGCUCAAAGCUCUGACCACCGGCUCGAAUCCCACCUUCUUGGAUGCGAUCAUGAAUUUGGCCGAGGGGACCGCGCCGGUUCUUCAGAACGUCGACUCUUGGGUCAGGCAGCUCGCUCUCGGGGAUGAAGCCGCGGACAGGAAACCGAAGAAAGUCGUUUUUGCUGGAGAUGAUACUUGGCUGCGCAUGUUCCCGGAAGAGUGGUUUAGCUGGGCCGAAGGAGUCUCGAGUUUCUUCGUCUCGGUCAGUCAGAAAGAACACUGCUCUCAAGUUUCAGACUUACGGCGAUAUGACUGACCAGGAGUCGACAUUCCUACAGGACACCGUGAACGUAGAUACAAAUGUCACACGACAUCUCGACGCCCUUCUCUCACCGACAUCGUCCUCAACCAAAUCCCCACCAGCGGACUGGGACGUCCUCCUUCUCCACUAUCUCGGCCUCGACCAUGUAGGCCAUCUCGGAGGUCCCAACAGCCCAAUCAUGCAUCCGAAGCAGGUCGAAAUGGAUCAAGUUGUGGACAGGAUCUUCAGGGCAUUGGAAGAGCGUGAUCGAGCCGACAAAAAGCAUAGUUUGCUCGUUUUGGUCGGAGAUCACGGCAUGAACGAGAUCGGCAAUCACGGUGGCUCAUCGGAGCCGGAGACGACGGCAGCCUUGAUGAUUGCCUCACCAACAAGAAGGAUGAGGCAGCACUCUGAUCGACCCGCGGAAUCAAGGGCCAAAAGCCCCUAUCGACUGCACGAGGUCGUCAACCAAAUCGACCUCGUUCCGACGCUUAGCGUCCUCUUCGAUCUAGGGGUCCCCACAAACUCGAUGGGGAAGCUCAUCGAGAGUGUCGUCGCCGCAUACGGUCCUAAAAAUAUGCCAUCCUGCCUUGAAAGAAAUGCGCGGCAGCUUGAACGCGUACUAGAUGCCGCCUCGCCGGGGGCUUCGGCUGGGAUUGCUUCUCAGAUAGUUGGAAGUGAACGCCUGAGCUUGGAGGGAGAUGUCAGAGAGGUGCGUGAUGAUUUAUUCUCGUAGCACCUGGUCGAGAGCGUGUGCUGACGUCGAGAGACUUGUUGUGUCUCACAGUUCAUCCUCCGAGCACAAGAUCGGCUCAUGUCGACGUUCGCGGAGAGUGAUCUGCGCCCGAUGGUGUUCGGUCUGAUCUUACAAGCCAGCACGGCGGCUCAAGCCCCGUUGAGGACAAGAAGAACCGUCGAUGGCUCGAGCAGCUUGACCUGCCGCUUCCUCGUCGCUGCGACUUUGCUGGUGUAUCUAGGGACGUACUUCGCGUCGAGUUUUAUCGAGGAAGAGCACGAGUUCUGCUUCUUCGCAGCGGCCUCGUCCUUGCUGUUUCUGGCUUCGAGGUGAGCCAACUUCACACAGGAGUCCAGACCCAGGCAGGAACUAACGAACCUCGCAUGAGCAGGCCGAAAGCACUACUGCCCGAGCGAUUCAUGCUAAUUGUAGCUGCAAUCUCUGUGAGGCUCAUGAGAGGCUGGUCUUUCAACGGUAUGUGAUUACCUAAUCGGUUGCGUUGCUGGACAGGCCGCUGAAACUAUUGACUUUGUGCCAUGUAGGCCAGAAGAGCGUGCCGAACGAGAGCCUGACGGCUCUGCUUGCCGCAUCACCCCAGGCCUUCAGUCACCUUCUCAGCGGCUUUUCCUUACUUGUCGGGGCCGCGAUCCCAUUGUACUCCUUAGUUCGUGCUGCGAAGCCGAUACCCCACCUAAACCGCAGAAUGCCCCUCUCGACCCUGUUUUUGAGGGCGCUUUCAUUUGGCACGCUCGCAACUUUGUCAUUGCUCCACGCGGCCGUUAAUCUCAUCCUCAAGUUGUUCAGCGCCUCCGCAAGCUCAGCGCUGUGUGAUUUGGGACUUGGAGACCCUGUCGAGCUCUCCAGGAUCAGCUUUGGUCUCGGUGCAGCGACUUGGCUCAUGGCACGUAUUUGCCAAUCUGCAGGCUCUCCAGAUGCGCGCACUUACAAAGGUGAGCCCAUGCUCGUGUUCUCGUAGUAGAAAAGUGCCAACACGAGUUCUUACUCUCGCCACAAUCAGUGCUUCAACUUUCGGCUAUCGCCUCGACCCUCAUGACGGUGUCCAGACCGUCGAACCUCUUCCUCUUCCCCAUCCUCUGGCUUCAAUAUUUCCUCUUCUCGAACCUCAACUUUGAACCCCUCAUUUCCUCCUUCUUCAUCCUCCUCCUCCAACGUGUCUCCUUCUUCGCCUUCGGCGGCUCCAACUCGCUCGCGACGAUCGAUCUCUCGAACGCCUAUGCGGGUCUUCGAUCCUACUCGGUCCUCCCCGUCAGUCUCCUCACCUACGCCUCCAACUUUGCCGGCCCCAUAUUCUUCUCCGCCUCUUCUCUCCUCCCCCAUUCGACCCUUCCUUACACAACGACCUUCCACUCUUUGUCCUUAUUGGCGUUGUGCGCCUCGGCAACUCAUUUCCGCCAACACUUGUUCACGUGGACGGUCUUCUCCCCCGCGGUGUGCUAUCAGAUCGUCUGGUCCUCGUUCGGUCAUCUCUUGA